UAUUAGUUUAGCUAUACCGCUAACAUAAAUAUAUUAUUUUCAAUCCCAGUCUACUUUACAAAUAUUGAUAUCUUUUGAUUCAUAGAUAUGACUUUUAAAGCAUCCGACACAAGAAUUGAGAUGAUAAUAUUUCCCAUCAUAACUACUUUUGGACCUAAGAAGAAUGAAGAGAGUCUUGCUGAAAUAUCAAAUCUCAAACCGGUCCAAAACCUCCCAAAAUACCCACACGAACCGUGAUGAUAAUAUAUCUUCUCAUUCUUUUCCUAUCUCUCUAAGAUCUAGUAGAGAAGCCAACGAUGAAGUGGAAAACCGUCUUUUGUUUUCUGCAUCUAACAUCUUUCCAGGGUAUAAAAACGUUCUCGACAGACAGCUAUUGGCUGAAAAUGUGGGAGACAAGGGUCAUGACGUUGACCAACCGCUAUCUUGCAGUAACGUUUUAGGAUGCCACGAUUUUAUGGAGGUUGAUCCUCCUGAAACCAACGAGCGUAUACUUUCAUUGACAAAGAGAGUAAACAUUUCGGCGCAUUCUUUCGCUUCCGAUAUGAAUCUGCGCACGAUCAACGAGUUAGAACGAGAUCGGGAAGAAAAAAAUCACAAAUUCCUCAAAUAUUCCGAAAAUUUUUUUAGGCCUAAAAUGACUAAACCUUCGAAAAGUGGGAUACCUUCUCAGAGUUCAACUGGAUAUAAAAGGAAGCGCAAGAAACACAACAAACAUGGUCAUAUGGAUGAGAUUGAACUCUGCCAAAAAUUUGAAAAAUUAACUCACAAUCAAUUAGAUAACAUACCACUCGUUUCACAGACUUCGCCGAAAGAUCUACAAACUAUUGAAAAUCGUUUCAAACUCUCACCCAAGCUCAAAGUCAGCCUUAAGAAUGAUCAAAGCUUGAGACACGAAAUGUUACCUGCCAUGAGUCGAAGAUUAAUUCGCACUAAAAAAUUGGCAAAAAAUCUCAUGAAGGAAGGCAUUGGGGGCAUCCAGGACACCAAAUUCGAAGGUCAUUUUGCCGAUUUCUUGAGGGAAAACGCUCACACUAUGCGGGCUCGGUCCGGUACAUUGCUUUCCCAACUUACAGUACUUAAGAAGACGAAGAAGAAAACUUCCAAGAAGCAUAUUCCUAAAGAUAUAUUCGUUCAAUUGAAUCAAUUCGAACCCUUUCCCUCGCUAUCCCGUGCAGAACUUCGAGAGGUGUCAGGGGUAUGGUUAGAACGUGGUCGUUGGAUCAAGUAUGAGGAAAAUAUUGCCUGGGAUUUAGGACGACCCCUGGGAUGGUCGAAGGCACACGUGCCGUUCCUUUCCUUCUAUAGCCUACUGGAACUUAGGAAACAGCUCAUGUCUGGCCUAGUCAUUUUUGACGCCAAUUGUGACGAUUACGAGUCCCUAGUAUCUUACCUAAUCAGAACUCUCCUAUACAAGGAUAUGGUCAAGGAGAGGGAAGUAGCUCAAUUGAAGCGUGUCUUAUUCAGCCCUCAUCAAUUCCCUCAUACCAACUUGAAUCACUUCACCUUAGGUCACACUUUUCACAAUUGGUUGAGUUCGAUGAACCCCGGUAUUACGUCUAAACCCAAUUCCGUUUGCUUUAGUUCUGCUGAAACAACCACUGAACCAAAGAAGAAUGUCAGUGUGAUCUUUAAAAGGGCUGCUUCCACUCCAUCCUUCCUAAAAUUCAGAAAAAAGUCCUGUAUCAAUGCCAAAACAGACAGCACACAAUUUAAAGAAAAGAAUUUGAUAAAUAAUGGUCAAAUUGAAAAUUCCGUCAAAAACAGUGAACGCGACGCUUUAAAUGUCAAUGUUUCCAAUCAAACUUGUCGAGAUUUGCUAGUCAUUAGCGGGGAAACUCCUGAAAAUUUUCACAUCAAUAGGACACCCGCUUUGGUAAUAAAGCCCAGAUUACCGAACAUAUGCCAAGGCAACGUGACCCAAUAUAUCCCUCACUUCUCUAGUCCCCGUGAUACUGCCAUUCAUGGCGAUUGUAUUGACGCCAUUUUCAAUCGCCCAGUCCUCGACAAUUUAGAAACUUUAACAAAUGAUAUCUUAGAAAAGAAGCUGAAUAGUAGCAUCACUAGUAAGGAUCUAACCGAUCACCCAUAUCAUUCCAAGUAUCGUAAUCGUCGGCCCAAGCAGUCAGACCAUCUUUCUUCCUCCCAUCUUUGCACAUCGGUCAAGCGAUCUAUGCUUAAACAAUCCCAAUCACCGAAACAUAUGUUUGAUAACAUGAACUCCAAUGCCACUGCAGAAGAAGAAAUCAUACCUAGCAAUUUGCCAUCCGACAAAAGACCAGUGCCGCUAAGACGAAGGAUAUCCGCCGAAGCAGAAGCAGCCGCCAUUUUGAUAGGGGCUUUGCCUUUUUUGAAGUUCGGUCCAGGUCGACGCCAGAAUCCCAUAUCCAUUUUCGUUAGAUUGAAUCGCCCACUCAUCUUGGAAGUUCCCUCGAUCAAAUAUUCUAACACGGGUUCUACUUCUAUCCUAGAGGUACCCUCCGUUCCUGUCAGAUUUCUUUACAUUUUGCUCGGGCCUAGCUCUUCCCAAUUUACAAGGGACUCCUCUGACGAAGAUGUCGGAGAUAGUAUAUCUUACCUGGACAUGGAAGGGGUUGCUGAUUAUAAGGAGGACUCAGAUCAGGCUUUAGACGCUUAUUUUAGCCGCAAAAGAACGUCCACCAUAUCCUUGAUUAAAGGUACCCCAAAACUUAAAACUUUCGAAAAGCUGGAAAGUGACAUAGAUUAUUAUGAUUUGGGAAGAUGUUUCGCCACUCUCAUGGCUAACAAGUUUUUCCAAGAAGUGGCAUACGAAGCUACCCAUUGUCGGGAGUUGGUCCUAGCAUUCAAUGAGUUUCUUAACGAAAGCAUAGUUAUUCCAUCGAGCGAUAUAUCUAUCAAUUCUUUACUUCCCUUGACUCGCCUCUACAAAGAUCGAAUGCUGAAAAAUUUGCCCAAACCUCACCUUCAUCAACAGGCCAAAAACGAGAAGAAAGAAUUAACUGAUUCUCCAAAUCCCCGCCCUUCGAAAUCUAAACCUCACAAACGGCGUCGAUCUCCAUGCUGCAAAACUUGUCCAAUAUUCAAAGGAUUAGUGUCCGACGUUAAAAUAAAGGCCCCAUGGUAUUGGUCAGAUUUUACAGAUUCCAUAAGCCUCAGAUGCUUUGUGACGGUUAUAUUCAUCUACCUUACUUCCAUGCCCCCUUCCAUAACGUUCGGUGGCUUGUUAAGCGAAAAUACGAAUAAUUGGAUAGGUGUUAGCGAGAUCAUGAUAGCCGAUGCCCUGGGUGGCAUUCUAUUCGCAUUGUUCUCGGGUCAACCGCUUUUGAUAGUGACCGUUACUGGCCCUUUGCUCGUGUUCGAAGAGAGUCUUUUCAAGUUUACCGGCACUUAUCACAUAGACUACCUAUCUUUCAGGCUUUGGAUAGGUAUUUGGGUAGCCCUUAUAACCACCGUUGCUGUCGCGUUCGACGUAUGCCGUCUCGUUAAAUAUUUCACGCGGUUCAUUGAAGAGAUAUUUGCCCUCACUAUCGCACUUAUAUUCAUUUACGAGGUCUUCAAAAAGAUUCACAAAGUAAUUUAUCGGCAUCCUUUACUAUCUGAUUAUUGUCACCUCACUCUGUUGUCCAAGAAAAUCCAAAACAAGAGCCUGGUGGCAUUCCAAAAAAAUUUGAUGCUCACGCAAUCCUACAUACCUCUGCAAAGCUAUUAUGCCCAUUUCAACCCUUAUUAUUAUACCCCCAUGGAUCAAUUGUCUUCCUUCGCCCACUCAUCAGAUUUAAAGCCAUUCGGAUUAAAACUUAAAGACAAUAGUGAUCAAGUUAAAACUGGAAUCAACAGGCGGCAUAAAAAAUCACUUUUAACUAGUAAUGCUUCCGCCGUGUUCCACAACACUACCCUUUAUAAAUCUGCCUUACCGCGUUUGUUUUAUCACGUAGAGGACACUUCGGUUAAUCAUAGCCAUUUUAAAAGUACGACCGAAAGUGAUUACCAUUUGGACAAUGAAACCUUUUCUGGCUCACUGUUUGCGGAUAAAAUCACGUUCUAUUCCGGUGACCUGGUACGCUACCACAACUAUUAUUACGAAUAUGAAAGUGGACCCGGGCCUUUCAACAAUUUUCAGAAAGCAUUUAAUUUGUCAAAUAGCAGUCACCAUCCCGGUAUUACAUUCUUUUACACCACUAAUCUGCCUUAUCACGACAUAAAUUUCAGUCGUUUAUAUUCGGGAGUUUCAGAUGCACCAGAUGGUCACUUGAUACUCGACCGUGACUUCAAGCGAUGUAAAAUGACCCGGCCUAAUACAGCCAUCUUUAGUGUUCUUAUGAUUUUGACUACUUUCUUAUUGGCUACUACGCUGAGAAGCAUAGGGAGUGGAGCCGGGGCGGACACCGUUGCCGGAUCGGUUAACCCACAUUUGAAUAAACGAGAAAGUUACGUGUUUGAUCAAAAUUUGGGCACUUAUGUUAGGGAAGAUGCUGGAAAAAAAGUUGGGUGGAUGAAAGGGCUCAGUGGAGUGUUUGACAGAGGUGCCAAAGCCUGGCGUUCUGAUAAUGGAAGCCGGGAAACUAUUGCUAGCUAUAGAUACUUUUUAUUGGGCAUAUUUCCUCACAGUCUCAGGAGAACACUGGGUGAUUUCGGUCCCCCCUUAGCAUUAUUAGUAAUGACUUGCAUCGAUACCUACCUGGUCGGGAAUAAUGUUUACACUGAAAAACUCAAUUUGCACUCUUCUUUACACGGCGAACGAAAGAUCGUCACCGUUAUAUCCCCUCAAUCUGCCAAAAAAAUAACAAAGGUGAAGCUCUAUCAAUUUGCCGCCUCACUUUUUUCUCCCACUUUACCGGAUCGUAGGGCCUGGUUAGUUAACCCCUUCGGACAAAGCAGCUGCAACUCGCUAGUUAAUUUUAUGUCUACCUCUCUGACUGGCAAAGAAAUAGUUCUGGCCUGCCUUCCCGCCGCCAUGUUAUUUAUACUUCUCUUCGUUGAAGGCCAACUAACGGCCCUUCUAGUUAACAAAAAAGAGCGCAAACUGAGGAAGGGAACUGGUUAUCAUUUGGACUUGUUAGUGGUGGGACUCAUUCAGAUUGCUAUGGGUUGUUUUGGUCUACCUUGGAUCUCUCCCGCACCUAUUCAAUCCUUGGCUCACGUUUCAUGUCUUUCUUGUUAUAACACGCUCGAGAACGCCCCCGGGGAAAGGCCAAAAAUAGUCAUGGUGAGGGAACAACGCCUAACGGCCCUGUUAGUUAGCUUAAUAUCUGGUUGUACACUUUUAUUUGGUAGCUCUCAAUUACAACGAAUUCCGGUUGCAGCUUUGUUUGGCGUGUUUCUCUACCUAGGGUUUUCUUCCUUAAACGGCAUCCAAUUUUUCGAACGCCUCAAAUUGUUUUUAAUGUCUCCCAAGUAUUACUCUCAACUCACGGAAUCUGCUUACAUCAGAAAAGUGUCCUAUCCUAAAAUCCAUUUGUACACCAUGAUCCAAUUCUCUUGUCUGGCCCUAUUGUGGGCGCUAAAAUUUACUCCGCUUUCUCUCUUUUUCCCUCUUGUUUUGAUGUUUAUAGUGCCCCUACGUUACAACUUAGGAUGGGCUUUUACUAAACAAGAACUCAAUUACCUAGAUAUGGAAGAAGAAGAAAUUUCAGACGAGGAAUACGAUUUUUAUACAGAGGCGCAUAUGCCCGUUUAAUUUUAAAGAAUAGAGAUAAAAGAAUUUUUUAGCCUAUAAGAUCCUUUAUUUAUAUCCGUUUUGGGUUAUAACUAAUUUAAACAAAAUAAAUCUUUUUGUCAUUUUUUUAACGCCAUAAUUGAAAGGUGCUAUUAGAUGUUAGAUAUAUUUUAAGAUAUUUUAACCACCGUUUCAUGUUAGAAAUAUUUUUCUUUUUCGUCUUACACAAAUUAGUUAUAAAAUGAUUUAUAUACAUACUUUGUCAUUGAUUAAAAAUAUUAUGUAUAAAUAAAACGAGGCUAUAAGUGCUUUAAAAAAUUUAUAUUAAAAUUAUCAUAGCUU